CGCGCAGGGCCGCGGCGGCACUCCGUAACCCUGCUCGAAAACACGCGAGCCGUGGCAACACGUCAAAGUUCAUAACCCUUUAUCUUUUAUAAUCUCCCCCUGAGUGCUGCAGGCUGUUAAACGCCCGUCCUGCGGCAGAUAAUGGCUUUACCACUACCCAUUCUCUACUAAUGCUCUGGCCGCUCAACAGGUAAGCAUCCCUCCCUUUCUAUUUGAAGCCAUUUUAUAUGCUCCUAUUGAUGACACAAAUAGCACAGCAAAGAUUGGAAAUGGAAACAUUUUCUUCACUUUGUAUAAAAAAGAACCUGCCAUGUGGGAUUCCCUAACUCUAGCAAAUGCUGACAAGGAGAAGCUACAAGAUCUGAGAGAGAAUGCUGUUCUAAAAGCCCAUGAAAAGGCAAAAGAGGAGACAGAAGCAAAAAAAAUUACAAAACAGGAAAACAAAAAAUAUGCUUUGGAGGCCACAAUGAAGCUAGAGGAAGCAGAAAGAAAAAGAAUUGAAGAUCUGAAAGAAAAGGAGAGGCAGAAGAUUGCUAGAGAGUUGGAGUUAUGGAAAAACCAACAAAAAGAUGGUGAUAAAUACAAGAGCAUGCAAAUAAAGGGAGCAUUACAUCAAGAAAUAGAGCCAUUAAAACAGAGAAAAAAUGAAAAAAUGAACAAAACUCAGAUUCCUAACGAAGGAACUUCUAAGACCAGACUCAAAUCCACAAAAGGUGAUGGUUCCUGUAGUAUAUUUUCACAGAAUUUAAAGGAAGAACUGUUACCAGCUCCCCGAGCUGCUGCUACAAUUAAAGUCAACUUUACACCACGAGUUUUUCCCACAGCUCUGCGAGAAUCUCGUGUUGCAGAAGAGGAGGAGUGGCUACAUAAACAAGCAGAAGCUCGAAGAAUAAUAAAUUCUGAUUUAUCUGAGCUGGAAGAUUUAAAAGAAGAGGAGAAGAAUCCAGAUUGGUUAAAGGAUAAAGGAAACAAAAUGUUUGCAAUGGGAGACUACCUUGGGGCUGUAAAUGCAUAUAACCUUGCAGUGAAGCUGAACAAUAAACUUCCCGUGCUGUACCUGAACCGUGCUGCUUGCCACCUUAAACUGAGAAAUUUACACAAAGCUAUCGAAGAUUCCUCUAAGGCACUGGAACUGUUGACACCACCUGUUCCUGAUAAUAAGAACGCUCGAGUGAAAGCCCAUGUGAGACGAGGAACAGCGUUUUGUCAGCUGGAAUUAUACACUGAAGGUCUUCAGGAUUAUGAAGCAGCUCUCAAGAUUGAUCCUAGAAAUAAAAAUAUAGAAAAAGAUGCUGAGAAGAUUCGACAUCUAAUUCAAGGAACAGUGCACAGUUCUUAAUUAAAAAAUACAUAUAUAUAUAUAAAAGAAGCUCUUUGAUGCCUUUCAGGACAUCAGGAGGAGUCUUACUUCUCGUCAGUGUGUUACCUAGACAUUUUUCUGCUUCACUCAGAACACUUAUGAAACUGGUAGAAGAUUGGAUAUAUUAUCGGAAAGUAUAGUAUUCUAAACAUGGUUAGAUAUAUUUUAUAUAAUUUUGAUACAAAGUUGACAUAUUUUUGCUUUUUGUUAGCAUUCUGUAUUACUCUGACAAUCUGAAACCCUGGACUUGAAGCAGUUCCUUUUUGUUAAGUGUUCUUUCCAAACUGGGACCAUUUCAACUACUUCUUUCAGUAGCAGUUUUAGCAGACUCCUGAAUUUUCUGCAUCAGUGUCUUUCCUGAAUACCAUUUAUGGCUGAUUUCUAUAUUUAUAAUAAAGUAUUUAUCAUGCAGAUAUA